AUGGACAUCUUGCUCUCUGUGUCGUCUAUACUGGUUUUAAUUACUGUGUCGCUGGCAUUUGUAACAGCCAACAUCGCCUAUCGAUUGUUCUUCUCUCCCAUUUCGAAUGUACCAGGACCUCGCCUAGCCGCCUUGACUUAUUUAUAUGAGUUCUACUACGAUGGCCUGAGUCAUGGCCGCUAUCUUUGGAAAAUCCAAGAGCUUCAUGAAAAGUACGGUUCCAUCGUCCGCGUCAACCCCCGAGAAGUCCAUAUCAACGAUGCCUCAUUCUACGACCUAAUCUAUGCCGGCGGCCCGCAUCAUCCGCGCAACAAGAUCCGAUGGAUGGCCUUUCACGACCAGAGUACCUUUGAUACGUUCGAUGCGGACACGCACCGGGCGCGACGGACGGCAAUGGCAGCUUCCUUCUCGAAGCAGGCCAUUCGCAAUGCGGAAUUUUUGAUUUCAGAAACAAUAGAUAAGCUCCGAGAGAGAAUGGCUCGGCUCUCAGGGACUGAACAAGUGAUGAACAUCAAGGAGCUGUAUAGCGGCCUGACCAUGGACAUCAUCGCGCAGUACUGGUUCGGCGAGAGCAUGGAUAAUCUUGAGCAAGAGAAAUUUGGCAAGGAGUUUCUAGACGUCUUCCAUGAAAUGCCGCAAAGCCAUCCCAUCGGACGGAUGUUCCCAUGGCUAUUCGACCUCAUCCAGCAGAUCCCUUUCCGUGUCCUUGCAACCAUUGAUCCGAAAUUAGCCCCCAUGGCUGAAUACGAGGGUAAAAUCACCGGCCAACUCACGGAUGUACUCACGAAGACCCAACCGCGAGGACUCAGAACGAUUUUCCACGAGUUGCGGGAUAGCAAGCAAUUGGCUGACUCGGAAAAGACACUCGCGAGAUUCAAGGCCGAGGCGACCAUUUUUCUCGGCGCAGGCACGGAGACGACAGCAGCGGCCUUGACCACCAUCACUUACCAUGUCACAGCAAAUCCCGACAUCAGGAAGAAGCUUAUAUCCGAGCUUAAGACGCAUGAGCGCUCUUCACUCGUGGAGUUGGAGGCUUUGCCAUACCUGAACGGCGUUAUACAGGAAGGCAUCCGCCUAUCCUUUGGCGUUCCCGGAAGAUUGCCUCGAAUCGCACCGAAAGAGGAGCUCCAAUACGGCGGCUUCCGAUUACCCCCGGGAACCGUGGUGAGCUCAUCCUCAUACCUCCUACACACUAACGAAGCCAUCUUUCCCGACCCGCACGCGUUCCAGCCAGAGCGUUGGCUGGGGGACAGAACAAAGAUGGGCAAGCACUUCGUGCCGUUCUCUCGCGGCGCACGCAUGUGCAUUGGUAUAAACCUCGCUCAUGCCGAGCUCUUUCUCACAGUGGCGAGGGUUUUCUCAGGAUUUGACUUCAUACUACACGAGACCGGGGAAGAGGAUGUCGUUGUUCGUCAUGACUUUUUUGUUGGGAUGCCACGAUUGGACUCGAAAGGUGUGCGUGUGAAGAUUCGCGCUCGAGGGCUAGACUGA